GUGCGGUCCUUGUCUUCGACUCGCUCGCUCUUCGUUGCCCCCUCUUCCCUCCUUCCCCUCUUCCCAUCCCACUUGCCAUCGCGUUCGACGCGUAGAACACUCUACUUCACUUUCUCUGUCAGUUUUGAAGCGCAAGCUAAUAUGCGUGUAUGCUCCACUGUCGUUGCUCUUUUGACCGCUGUUGCUACUGUUUCGGCCAAAAAUGUGUUCAUUCAAGUCGGUGGUAACACCACAGACAAUGCCACUGCUGUCUUCAAUCCUGCACAAGUCUUUGCCAAGUUGAAUGACAUCGUCGUGUUCAACUUUACGGAAGGCAACCAUACUGCCACACAAUCGACGUUCUCCAGCCCCUGCAUCCCUGCCUCUCUGACCGAUAGCACUAUCAAUGGUUUCAACUCUGGGUUUCGGGAUACAGUGAAUGGCACUGCGAUCACCAUCCAGUCUGUGCCCAUCACCCCGGACCUCGUGAAUACCACCAUUUGGUUCUUCGACUUUCACACGUGUGCUCAAGGUGGUGUUGGUGGUAUUAAUAUCAAUGAUAGCUCGACCGAGACAUUAGAUGGCUUCGUCCGAAAUGCUAUUCGUCUCAAUGGAACUGACUCACAGGACACGAAUUCGAGUACCUCCACCAACACGUCGUCUUCGACCACGUCUUCUGGCGCACCUAACCCGUCAACUAGCGCGUCAGGCAACACCAGCGACGCCAUCGAGCAACGCGUCGUGUUUGGCGCUCUGAGUGUCAUCCCGCUUGUCCUCGCUGCGUUUGUUCUCUAAUCCGCUUCCAGCUUAGGAGCGAUACGAAGGAGGCAUUGAAGGGGGUACUAGAAUGGCCUGCGAACUAUCGAACACGUGAACCAUUUACCUUCAUAUCUAUAUCUAUUCACCACCUGGAUAUUGAUUGACAUGUUCAUAAUACCCUAUUUUUUCUCUUCAACAUGCUUUGCUUUGCUUGUUCCUGUGCUUGCUACAUGGUGGUUUUUCCUUUGUUGCCGAUAUUGCGUUCUGGAAUGGACGCAUUCAGGGAGUUGCUGGACACUGUUGUAGAAAUGUGCCGGGUCUUACCUCGGAGCCAUUCCUUCAUUCGACAUAUUCUGUAUGUGCUCUCGUGUUAUUUGUCAUGUAGUGUCAUUGGUACUUAGAUGAAUCCACACUCUGCAACCUCCUC